CUAUUUUAGCUACUCACUUUUUCAAUACACACUCCAACAGAUUUUCUAUAUAUUUAACUACUCAUUUUAAAUAUUAUUUCUCAUUCCUUUUGUAUUAUUUUUUUUGGGAAUAGUGAAAGGGAGAAAGAGAGAGAAGGGAAGAAAGGAGAGGAAGAGAGAGAAAAUAAUAUAUAUAAAUGUUUACAUAUUAGUGUCACUGUAGCAAAAAUGUAUUUUACAUAAUAUGAAAAGCAUAUGUUGGAGAUGAAUUUUGGCUUUAAUUAGCUAAAUUUUAGCUAUUUUGUUCUUUUACAGCUUCUGUUGGAGAUGCUCUUACUGGCAGUGCCAUAGUAUUUGAAUUUAAAUGACCUGGACAGACCCCAAGUUUACUUGUUUUGGUAUCAAUUACUAUCUAUAAAAUACAAAUGUAUUAUAAUCUCUUUUAUUGAAAUCAACCAAGUUUUAGGUAGCACAAUGCUAGACAUUAUCUGGCAUCAGGCAUACUAUAUCUCCGCUGCUUGUCACAUUCACUACCUUUUUACAAUAUACUUUGUGAUCACAGCUGUUCCUGUGCUUGCCAUGAUAUUACUGCUCAAGUCCCGUAGACACUCUUUUAUCAAUGUGUAUACUGAUGUUGUGCAGGAAGUAAGUUCAAUGCUGCUAGAGAAGCUUGUUGGCGUAGGCAUCGGGAAUCGACCUGUUGUAUUUGUGACUCAUAGCAUGGGUGGCCUAGUUGUCAAGCAAAUGUUGUAUCAAGCAAAAGCAGAAAAUAAGAAUAAUCUUGUUAACAACACUCUAGGAGUGGUGUUCUAUAGUUGUCCACAUUUUGGCAGCAAACUGGCCGACAUGCCUUGGCGUAUGGGUCUUGUGUUUCGCCCUGCACCCACUAUAGGAGAGCUCAGAAGUGGAUCUCCAAGAUUAGUGGAGCUGAAUGAUUUUCUUCGUCAGCUUCAUAAGAAAGGGAAGCUGGAUGUUCUUAGCUUUUGUGAGACCAAGGUGACCCCAAUUGUUGAAGGUUAUGGAGGUUGGGCCUUUCGAAUGGAAAUUGUACCAAUAGAAUCAGCAUAUCCAGGAUUUGGUGAACUUGUUGUGUUGGAGUCAACAGAUCAUAUAAAUUCUUGUAAACCUCUUAGCCGGGCUGACCCUUCCUACAAGGAGACAUUAGACUUCUUGUAUAAGCUGAAAGCGCACUUUAGAUGAAGAGAUUUAUUUCUAUGCUGUAUACGAGUAGAAUAAUUAGUUCAUUCCGAGUCUGGAGUUGGGCUUGACAUCGGUGGAUAAUCUGCUUGGGAGCUGCCUGAUUCAAUUUUACUACACUUGGGAGCACCAAGCGAGAGUAAGUGGCCUGCAUGCGAAGAUGCCAACAUAUAGUGAUGAUGCCUGCAGAGGACAAUCUGUUCUUCUGGUCAACCAAAAAAUUGCCUCUUUUUUUUUUUCAAAAAAAAUUUAAUGGGUUGUAUAUUACAUAUCCUACAGUUCUUAUGGAUUAAAUCAUCCAUUUUUUUCACAAAUUCUUUCCUCAAGAAAUUCCCCCCUUUAAUCUAUUUUCCUCUGUUGCAUCCUGUAUAUAGGCAAACUCUUGGGGAAUGUUAUACGUGCUGCUCUGUUCCAAACAGUUCUAACGAUUGUUGUACAUAUGAAUAAUUUUUUAAGAGAAAAUGAGAAGAUAAUUGAUAGC